AUGCUAACUGACAUGCUGGACGAGAACGGACUUCAGGUGUUAAAUGAAGGUAACGCGCCGACAUUUUUCACGGUACGCGGAGGGAAGGUCUAUUCCAGCCAGGUAGACGUGACCGCCUGUUCGGUCGACCUGUUGAACAAAGUCGAAGACUGGAGAGUGGAGGAAACACUGACCAGCUCAGACCACAACACCAUAGUUAUAAAAUUAAGCUUAAAAAGGGUUGCGCUGGCGGGCUUUCAUCCGAAGAAGGCGCCCGGGUCUGAUGGACUGACGUCCGAUAUCUGUGAGCGGGCGAUCGCCCAGGACCAGGAAUUUUUCCUAUCACUGGCAAACAAGUGCCUAGAGUUGGCCUGUUUCCCGAAAAUCUGGAAGCAGGCCACGGUGGUCGUCCUAAGGAAACCAGGACGCGAUGACUACACAACAGCCAAGUCAUACCGACCGAUAGGACUGCUGCCAGUGAUGGGAAAGAUUCUUGAGAAAAUGCUGGAUCUACGGCGCCGGGGCGACUAUUGUCAGGCAUUUGCCGACGAUGUCGUCCUGGUGUUCGAUGGAGACUCCACAGGGGAGGCACAGAGACAGGCCAACUCGGCACUUGUCCGUGUGCGGGAUUGGGGGGUCAAAAACAAAUUAAAGUUCGCACCAAACAAAACGAAAGCCAUCGUUGUAACUAAGAAGCUGAAGUAUGACACCCCAGUCCUGCGCAUGGGCAACACCGAUAUUGGUCUUGUACGCGAGAUCAAAAUACUAGGCGUGACCACCGAUGACGGACUGACGUUCAAUACGCAUGACGCAGGCGCCAGGUCGAAAGAAAGGACACCGGAAAAGACCAGUCCUGAGAAAGUAAAAGCCACUGUAGCGCAGGCCCGACGCAGUAUAGAAUCACGAAUGGAGGAGGAAGAUCAGAGGAAAACCGCCGGCCCUGCGCAGCAGAAGGCAAAAGGGGUCCCGUCGCCGUCUACCGCCCCGGCUCAGACGCCGGAAGGAAUAGGGAGGGUGGCCGAGGCACGAUCAUGUCUGGUGAAGGUAAAGCUGCAAAUAGGAAACAGCCGGAACCUGAAGACCGACAUCAAAAACGACGUGCUGGCGGCCACCGAAAGGCUAUAUGAGCUGGUGAAGGAGGCAGAGGGUGUCGGAAAACAAAAGAAGAAGGACGAGGCGAAGAAAGGAAAUGGGCAAGAGAUGGGCAAAGACAGUGAAGAAUCACAAAGUAGAAGAGAAGAGGAAGAAGAAAGAGGAAAGAUAGAAAAAGAACUAAUGCAGAAACUAGAAGAACACGGAAGACUGCUAAGCGAAAGUAAAAAGGAACUGGGAAGAAUAAACGAAGAAAUGAAGAAGAGUAGGGAAGAGAUGACAGCGCACAGAACAUACGCGAGUGUAGCAGCCGGCCCACAAAGAGAGAAACCACUCAGUGUGGCAACGGCGCUACACUCGAUUGUAGUGUCAUCCAAGAAUGAAGAGGAAACGGGAGAGGAAGUUUUAAAUCAUAUUAGGAAGACAGUUAAGGCGAAAGAAGAGGGACUGAGAGUAGAUAAAAUCAGGAAAGCAAAGGAACGAAAAGUUAUAAUGGGAUUUGAGGAUAGGCAAGAAUUGGAAAAAGUAAAAGGGAAAUUAAUAAAGGAAGGGAAAAACUUGCAGGUACAGGAGGUUAAGAACAAGAACCCCUUAGUAAUAAUAAAGGACCUGUUGCGCUGCCACACAGAUGAGGAGAUCAUAGAAGCGAUAAGAGCCCAAAACAAACAGGUUUUGGGCCAACUGGAUAAAGAAGCGGAUCGGAUGGAAAUCCGAUACCGCAGGAAAGCGAGAAACCCGCUGAUGGUCCACGUCAUCUUACAGGUGUCGCCCCAAAUAUGGAAACGGCUUACCGAUACGGGGGCGCUACACAUCGACGUGCAGAGAGUCAGGGUGGAAGACCAAUCCCCUCUAGUCCAAUGCUCGAGGUGCUUGGGCUACGGUCACGGGAGAAGAUUCUGUCAUGGCUCUCUGGACCCCGAUCCGCCGUGGCUUAUUGCUGAGGUAGUCCCCAUAGCCUCGAGCACAGCGAUACCCAUCACCGACUCCGGCGUCAGGCCAUACCUGGUGGUGCAGGCCAACCUUCAGAGAAAAGCGCUAGAAUUGCAGGAAAUAAUGGCAGUAGCAGCGGAGAGAAGGUUGGCCUUCACUUUAAUCCAGGAGCCAUACGUCGGAGGAACCAGCCGCGUGAAGAACUACGGGACCGCCAGGAUCUUCCAGUGUGCGAAACCGGACACCGGACCGGUCAAGGCAGACAUAGUAGUCUUUGACCAAGAUAUGGAUGCCUUGAUCUGUCCAGAUCUCACCACGACCAACAUUGUCGUAGUAAAAAUCCGUACCGGCGCCUGGGAGGUCGUGGCGGUGUCAUGCUAUUUCGAACCGGACCGGCCGGUUGAUGGAUAUCUCGAACAUCUGAGAGUUAUCUGCCACACGCUGGGCAAGAGGCGCCUAUUAAUAGGAGGGGACGCCAACGCGAGAAGCCUAUGGUGGAGCCAUGAGAUCGACCGAAGAGGAGAGGAGGUGACCAGCUGGCUGGAUGAAGCCGGACUCCAAGUGCUAAACGAAGGCACGACACCAACGUUUUUCACCGUUAGGGGAGACAGGGCAUAUUCCAGCCAGGUGGACAUCACUGCCUGUUCGGUCGAUCUCCUGGACAAAAUCCGGAACUGGAAGGUUGAAGAGGACCUGACGAGCUCCGACCACAAUACCAUAAUAUUUAAUAUAAAUCUACGUAAGGAUGACCAAAUUCAAAUUAGGAAUACUACAAGAAAAUAUAACACAAAGAAAGCAAAUUGGCUACAAUUUAGAGAAACAUUUGGGAGAUUGAUGAUAAAACACAAAAUAAAUAAAACAGAAAUUAAUAAUAUAAAAGAUAAAGAAGAUUUAGAACACAAAAUUAUUAAAUAUACGGAGCUAUUGAUAGAGACAAGUGACAAAACAAUAAUAAAGAAAAAGAACAACUCGAAAUACACAAUAUCUUGGUGGUCAAAGGAGCUCGACAGGUCCAAAGCAGAAAUGAUGAGAAGGAAGCGUAGGAUUAGGUGGGCUGCACCUUUGAGAAAGGCAAGGACCAUAAGGGAAUACAGGGAGGCGAAGACAAAAUACGAAGAAGACGUGAAAAACGCCCAAACGCGCAGCUGGAAGGAAUUUUGUGGAAGGCAAACAAAGGAAGGACUGUGGGAUGGGAUAUAUCGGGUAAUGGGCAGGCUGACCAAGCGGCACGAAGAUGCGCCACUUGUGAGGGAAGGGCAAACCCUAGGUCAGGAGGAAUCGGCAAGAUAUCUUGCCGGGACCUUCUACCCGGCCGACCCUCACGAGGAGGAUAAUGAGAAUCACCGGCGCACCCGGAAGCUCGCCUCAUGCGUUAACGACCCGGUCCAUGGUGAGGUACAUGACCCACCGUUCACGGCUGCACUGGUAACCUUCAAUCCUAAGAAGGCGCCCGGAUCGGACGGCCUGACCUCCGCUAUCUGCUAGCAGGCGAUCGGCCAGGAUCCGGAGUCUUUCCUAUCACUGGCCAACAAGUGCCUAGAAUUGGCCUACUUCCCGAAGAUCUGGAAGGAGGACGUGCUGAGGAAGCCGGGUAAGGACGAUUACUCGGUUCCCAAAGCGCACCGACCGAUAGGACUGUUGCCAGUGAUGGGAAAGAUCCUGGAAAAGAUGCUGGUGGGUAGGCUCAAAUGGCACAUCCUUCCGAGGAUGAGCCACCGCCAAUACGGCUUUAUGCCACAAAGGGGCACCGAGGACUCCCUCUACGACCUGAUGAGUCAUGUCAGGACCAAACUUCGACAGAAGAAGGUCCUGAUUAUGAUAUCGUUGGACAUAGAGGGAGCUUUCGAUAGCGCCUGGUGGCCGGCUAUAAAUGUCCGGUUGGCGGAAGAACGCUGCCCACCAAACAUUAGACGGUUGGUCGCCAGCUAUCUGGAUGAUCGGAUGGUCAGGGUUCGGUAUGGGGGUGCAGAGUCUGCACGCAGGACCGUUAAAGGUUGUGUUCAAGGCUCUAUUGGGGGGCCGAUCCUGUGGAGUCUCCUCCUCGACCCCCUGUUACAGGGUCUCGAGCGAAGGGGCGACUAUUGCCAAGCUUUUGCUGACGAUGUCGUCCUGGUGUUCGAUGGGGACUCCACAGGAGAAGCUCAAAGGCAGGCCAAUGCGGCUCUGGCCUAUGUGCGGGAUUGGGGUGUCAGAAACAAGUUGAAGUUCGCGCCUCACAAGACCCAGGCGAUGGUGAUCACUAAUAAGCUUAAGUAUGACACCCCGAUCCUGCGCAUGGGCGGAGUCGACAUUGGUCUGUCAAACGAGAUCAAGCUGCUCGGCCUCCUAAUAGACCGAAAACUGACCUUUAACGGUCACGUGAAGCAGGCGUGCGCCAAGGCCAUCAGCCUGUUCAAGGUGCUCGCGAGGUCAGCCAAGGUCCAGUGGGGAUUGGGACCCGAGGUGAUCAGGACGAUCUAUACGGCUGCGGUGGAGCCCGUGAUCUUGUACGCUGCAAGCGCAUGGGCUCCAGCCAGCCGGAAGCUGGGUGUUAGGAAGCAGCUCGGAGCGAUCCAGCGCAGCUUCGCGCAGAAGAUGACGAAGGCCUACAGGACUGUCUCGCUCAACUCGGCCCUGCUACUGGCGGGAGUGCUCCCCCUUGACAUAAGGAUGCAGGAAACCGCACUCCUUUAUGAAGUCAGGAAGGGGCACUCUCGGGCAGUGGUGGGAGACGAAGAAGUGGAAGUUCCUGUGGCCUUCGUCAACUUAGACCACCCGGCGGAGCGGAUGGGCGGGAGCUUCCAAUGCCUGGUGGACGGGGCGGAAUUGGCUCGGCACGUCGGUGAGGGUCUUAGCAUCUUCACCGACGGAAGCAAGAUUGAUGGGAAAGUCGGAGCGGCGCUGUCCAUAUGGAACGGUGCCGCCGAGACGAGUACCAGAAAAUUGCGGCUCGAGCCAUACUGCUCUGUCUAUCAGGCGGAACUUCUCGCCCUCCGCAAAGCCGUGGAGGAGGCGCUCCGUAGCGGGCUUCCUGCGUGCGGCAUCUUCAGCGACGCAAGGUCCGCUCUCGACGUCGUCACCAGAGGUGAUUCCCUCCAUCCCAUAGCGUUUGAAAUUAAAAACCUGUUAAAAGAGGCCGAAAAACGCACCCAGAAAAUUGAGCUUUUCUGGGUGAAGGCACAUGUGGGGUUGGAGGGAAACGAGAGGGCGGACGUACUCGCUAAGGAUGCCGCACAACACCUGAAGACCCGUGCGCACUACGACAAAUGUCCGGUUUCGUUCGUCAAACGACAGAUCCGAAAGGACUCGAUUGACGAAUGGAGCCGGAGAUACGCGGACGGAGAGACGGCUUCGGUGACGAAGCUGUUCUUUCCGGACGCGGUCGAGGCGCACAGGGUCGUAAGGCGGAUCGCCCUGGACGCCACACUGACGCAGGUGUUCACGGGGCACGGCGGGUUCUCCGAGUACUUGCAUCGGUUCAAGUGCAAGGAGAGCCCGGCGUGCCAAUGUGACCCUGACGUUCAGGAGUCGGUCCCACAUCUCCUGCUCCAGUGUCCCAUCCACGCAGUCGAACGCUUUGAUAUAGAAAGCACGCUAGAAUGUAAGUUAGAUAUAGACAAUAUAAGUAAAAUAAUUAAAGAGAAUGUAAAAAUAAAUAGUUUAUUAAGAUACUGUAAGAAAAUAGUAGUAAGGGUAAAUAAUAGAAAUAAGCAAUACUAAGAAUUGCUGAAUAUAUAAAUGUUAGUUUAUAUAGGAUAGCAAUUUUAAACUAGAACUAGACAUAGGUAGAUAAAUACAGUAAGAAUAUAAACUAGGUAAAUUAAGCUAUUAAAUAGACAUAACUUUGUACGAGACUAGCUAGAUAGAUUAAUAGAUAUAUUAAAUUGGUAUAACUUUGUAUUAGACUAAUGAAGUAGAUAAGUAGAAAUAUUAAAUAAUUAUUAAAGAAUGUAAAAGUGACAAGCUAAAUAAAAUCCCUUGUCCUAGAUAGGGGGAACAAGGAAAAAAAAAAAGAAAAAAAAAUACACAUGUCACCUCGGUAUGCAAGAAGGCAGCGGAACUGCACAAGAGAAUGACCAGGGCGGCUAAAGUGCAGUGGGGACUAAACCCUGAGGUGAUCAGAGUCAUCUACACCUCAGUGGUCGAACCCACGAUAUUGUAUGCAGCCAGCGUAUGGGCACCGGCGACAGUAAAGGCGUACAUCAAAAAACGUCUAAACGCAGUACAGCGUAGCAUGCUGCAGAGGCUGACGAAGGCCUACAGGACGGUGUCCCUCAAUUCGGCCCUGACGCUCGCGGGAAUAUUGCCCCUUGAUAUAAGGGUGCGAGAAGCUGCACUCUUAUAUGAGACCAAAAAGGGAUAUUCCCAGCGGAUGAUAGGAGACAGGGAGAUGGAGCGUCCUGAGGCCUUCUCCAGCCUUAAACAUCCGGCGAGUCGAGAGAGAUGGAGCGUCCCGAGGCCUUCUCCAGCCUUAAACAUCCGGUGAGUCGAGAGAGAUGGAGCGUCCUGAGGCCUUCUCCAGCCUUAAACAUCCGGCAAGUCGAGAGAGCUGGCGCUUCCAAAGUCUGGUGGACGGUGCAGAAGUGGCACAGCACACACAAGGCUGCAUAAACAUCUACACGGACGGCAGUAGAAUAGAUGGCAAAGUUGGAGCCGCACUGUCCGUAUGGAACGGCGCGGCCGAAACCCGAAACGGAGGCCAAAAAAUACAAACUUGAGCCGUUCUGCACCGUAUACCAGGCGGAAAUGCUAGCCCUCGAAAAGGCUACGGAGAUCGUGUUGAGGCAUGAGGGCCGCAGGUUUAACAUCCUCAGCGACUCUAGGGCGUCCCUAGAGACGGUCUCCAGAGGAGAGUCUCUCCAUCCCCUAGCAUUCAAAAUUACCAAAAACUUUGACCAAAUUAAGGAAAGCGGCAAAAUACUAAACAUAUUUUGGAUAAAAGCACACGCAGGGAUGGAGGGUAACGAGAGGGCCGACGAGCUCGCUAAAGACGCGGCCCUCAAGCUAAAAGUCCGACCGCACUACGCCAGCUGCCCGCUCUCGUUCGCAAAGCGACUCAUAACGUCAGGAGUCGCUCUGCGAAUGGGGUGAACGCUACGCGCGAGAAGACACGGCCUUAACAACGAAGAUGUUUUUCCCGGACGCGGUGGCCGCAUACAGUGUCGUGAGGAAAAUCCUAAUAGGCUCGACCCUCACGCAAAUAUUCACGGGACGCGGCGGGUUCUCCGCGUACCUACACCGAUUUAAGUGCAAGGAGAGCCCGGCGUGUCCGUGUGACAAUGAAACCCCGGAGACAGUCCAACAUAUAAUCGCAGAAUGCCCAAUGUUUGAAAAAGAAAGAUAUAACAGUGCGAGAUAGAGAGCAAAGUAUAUCUACAUAAUAUACCGACUAUAUUAACAGAUAAGAACAAAAGACCAAAAUUACUAAAUUUUAUGAAUAGAAUAAGCAAAAUAAUUAUAACUAGAAAUAAGAUAGAAAUAAGCUAGAAAUAACAGUUAAAUUUUAAGAUUAUAUUUUAGUUUUAAAUACAGUAGCAAUAAGAUA